UUACUUGAUCCCUUGAACAACAAAAAGCAGGGAAAAAGAAAACGAAAGAAGAAGAAAAAAGAUGGAUCCAAAACUUACAGAGGUUGUUCAAUCCUUCGAGAGAUUCAAAGCUGCAUUAGUAAGAAACGAUUUGGAAACAAGCAAUAAUCUCCUCUCUCAGCUCAAGGUAAUGUUGACAGGAUUCAGAAGUCUUCCACCAUUGCUAGAAGAAACACCAAAUUCAGUUCAGGAAUUGACUAUAGCAAGGGAUAUAUAUGAGCGUGCUGUUGUGCUAAGUGUGAAAGCAGAAGAUCAAGAUGCAUUUGAGAGAGAUUUCUUUCAGUUGAAGCCUUAUUAUGUUGAUACAGCUGGACGGCUCCCACCAUCAGCACAGGAGUAUCCUAUCUUGGGGCUUAACCUUCUAAGGCUCCUUGUCCAGAAUAGGAUUGCCGAGUUUCAUACUGAGUUAGAGAUUCUUUCUCCUGGGGCUAUGGAGAAUCUCUGCAUCAAGCAUGCUGUGGAAUUGGAGCAAUCCUUCAUGGAAGGGGCCUAUAACCGUGUUCUGAGCGCUAGGAAAACUGUUCCACAUGAGACCUAUGUGUACUUCAUGGAUCUUCUAGCAAAGACAGUCAGAGAUGAAAUAGCUGGAUGUAGCGAGAAGGCAUAUGAUUAUCUGUCACUUGCCGAUGCCAAACAGAUGUUGAUGCUGUCUUCCGACAAAGAGUUGUCUGCAUACGUCACAGAGGAGCGACCAGACUGGGAGAUCAAGAAUGGUGUUGUGUAUUUCCAGAAGGCAAAAGAAUCAGCACCUUGCAAGGAGAUUCCUUCCAUGCCACUCAUCAAUCAAACCCUCAGUUACGCCAGAGAGCUGGAGAGAAUCAUUUGAAAACACUACUUGCAUAACGGAAUCAUGUUGUUCAACUGAAAACGAAUCAGACCUCCUGUGUCAUUCUUAUCAUCUUUUUCAAUAGGUCUUGUACAACUCUUUAUGGUCAAUGUUUAUUAACAAAGAUUUGAUUACCUUUCAUAAAGGGUAAAAUUAAAAGAUACACCUUGAUAUGCUGAUGACCACUUCUGAGAUUUCGAUUUUCAGUAGUAAUUUUUGUUUCAGAGUUGCUAGUA